AAGUGAAUAGUAAUAACAGCGGACUCAAAUUAAACAUAUAUAAAGCGUUUUUAAUACAGAUUUUGAAUUUCUGUUCAGAAGUAAAGGAAGGAAUUUUCGGCACACGCAUCUGGCAACCCUGUUUAAAACCAGUGAAUAUUCCUAAAUUAUGGACUUUUGUCACUGCCACUGAACUUGUAAAAACUGUAUUAUUCUUCUGCUUGGAUCAUUUGUGACUCACUUCAUGCUACAAUGAAUGGUCUGAAUAGAAUAGAAUAGAAUAGAAAUGGAUACCAUAAAUAUUUACACUCACCCAAAAAUGGUUCAUCUUUGUUACAGUAGAUCUCUGGGCUUGGAUUGUUUAUGAUGCUGAUUGAAAAUGCAUCAUAAAUUCAUACAACAAAAAUAAUAAUAAAAGAAUAGCCAAAACCAAUGUAAAGGGAACCAUGGUAGUUCAUUAAUUAAGAUUAUGUCAUGAUCGUAAAUUGUCUAUAUAGUUUACAGUGCUUUAUAUUCCAAAGGUCAUUUGGUAGUUGGCAGAUUCCUUUGUUAGAAAAGUACAAACAAUAUUGUUCAUUGCAGUCAUAUCUAACAUGAAUACUGUAUACAGAGACGCCAAGAUUUUGGUGGUCGGUGCAGGAUUUGCAGGUCUGGCUGCAGCAGCCACUUUGCUCAAGGCUGGAUUUCAGGAUGUCAAGAUCCUUGAAGCUAAAGAUCGUGUAGGAGGAAGAGUUUGCACUACUAAACCAUUUACAGAGAACAUUAUUGAACUUGGUGCUAACUGGAUCCAUGGACAGGAUGGGAAUCCCCUCUACCAGAUAGCCAAAGAGCAAGACUUGCUGGUUGAGACCAUAACCGCAAGCAAAGUCAUGUGCUUUCCCCACUCUGUUACUCCACGUGAUUAUUUUUUCAUGGAUGGUGGGAAACAGCUUUCAACUGGCAGUGUUGAUCAUGUAUGUUCCCUGUUCAGUAAACUCACCUCAAAAGCCUUUGAGUCUGAGCUGGCGGAUAAACAUAGAUUCUUAAGUUUGGGGGAAUAUCUUGAUGUGUCCUUUGCUGAAUCACCUUUAGCUACGUCAGAAGAUGGAUCAAAAAUAUUUGAAUGGUGUAAAAGAAGUGAAUGCACAGAUGAGGCAGCUUCCUCUCUAUAUGAAGUGUCUGCAUCUCAGAUUGGUUACUACAUUGCUCUUGAAGGAGGCUUUUUUAACUCCCUUGGUCCUAGGGGUUAUCAAGCAAUUUUAGAUCUUCUUAUGAAAGCCCUGUCUUCAGGAACUAUUCUCAAAAAUACAGCAGUAAAAAGCAUUCAGUGGGACUUCAAAGCAAGCUCCCAGGGCAACGAGGAUAAAGAACAGAACCAUGCUGUACAAGUGAUCUGUGAAAAUGAUCAAAUCUUUGAUGCUGAUCAUGUGAUUGUGACUGUAUCUCUGGGGGUUUUAAAACAAAAAGCAAGAACAAUGUUUGAACCUGCCUUACCAAAAUCAAAGCUGGAUGCUAUUGAGAGGCUCGGCUUUGGUACCGUGGACAAGAUCUUCCUGUGUUUCAGUGAAAGAUUUUGGCCAGAAGACUGUGCAGGAAUCCAACUUGUGUGGGACGAGGGACCUGAAGAUAAGGCAGUCUAUAGCAGUCAUGGUGAAGAAGAUACCUGGGCAGAGACAUGGUUUAAAAAGAUUUGCGGUUUUGAUACUGUUGCCCGUCACCCUACAGUGCUCUGUGGCUGGAUCACAGGCAAAGAGGCUCUUCAUAUGGAGACAUUGCCAGACAGUGAGGUUCGAGACACCUGUGUAAGAUUGCUUAGGUCCUUUACUGGCUGGUCUGUGCCUGAUGUGACCAAAGUUCUGAUCUCCAGGUGGGGUCAUGACCCACAUGUACUAGGCUCCUAUACAUUUGUUCCUCACUUGGUGAAUGGGGUGAAAGAGCAUGAGAUACUGGCAGAACCUCUUCCUUCUUGUAGUGAAGUCUCAGAAAACAAGCCUCUGCAGGUGCUGUUUGCAGGUGAAGCCACUCAUGUGAACUUCUACACCACCACCCAUGGAGCCUAUCUAUCUGGACUCAGAGAAGCAGAGAUACUCAUUAACCAUUACUCUUAUUAAAACACUCCAUCCAUAGGUCCAACACUGAUGCAAUGUUUUUCUUCCUGAUGAUACAAUAUUGAAGUUAUAUUUGAACCAAUUUCUGUGGCAGUCAUGAUUUUAACUUAUUGAAGAUCUGAAUGAUCCAAAGUGUGAUGCAUUUUGCAGUACCUGAAUUGUAGACACAAGGUUGCAUCCAGCUUACUUAAAAGACAAAUACAAUA